CCUAUGGCGACUACACUGUUCGAGCUCGCGCAGGUGUUGUCUGCCCACCAUGCCGACAAUUGAAGACUACUUUGACGAUGAUACAGAUCUGCCGCUUCCAUCCUCCUCCACUGCUCGGCAUUUGCCCAAUACCGGUCGACACGGAGCGUUAAUCCGUGAGGUGGACGAUGACGGAUCCUCGGAAGAAGAAUUGGACAUGUCAACAGUCGCUGAACAGUCUCGAGGAGUCUUUGGAGAGAAUGUCAAAGCUCCACCACCUUCUUCAACAGGGAAAGGAAAGAUGACUAUGCGAGAGGAACCUUCUUCGCCGGUGCGACAGGAUGGCGGCAUGCCGGAUAUCAAUCCCAACACACCUAUGGGAGGCUUCAUGGGCGAUAUGAUGAAGUUGGAAAAGGCUGAGCAGGAGCGUAUGGAGAAGCUUAGAAAGCAAUUUGGAAAUACAACGAUGGCCAUGGAUCCGAGCGAGUACAAGGGGUGGAACACGGUCUACCCGCUCUAUUUCGACGCCAAACGAUCGGUUCAACAGGGAAGACGAGUGCCGAGAAAAGAUUCCAUGUGGUGGCCGCAAGCAGCGCAGAUCGCCAAGUGUUGUCGGAUUCUGGGUCUUCCGAGUGUCUUAGAGCCCGACCAUUGCCAUCCUGCGGACUGGGAGAAUCCAGGAAGGGUCAAGAUACGGAUCAUGAAGGAUGGACGAUUUUUCAAUCCCAUCGUCAAGAACAGAACCCAGCUGUAUCGCCAAUUGGCAUCCCAGAUCCGACAACAAAACCCUGAUUACGCAUACGAGCCAAAGCCAAAGCGGGAACCAAAGGAGAAGAAGGAGACAAAGGUGACAUCGACUCCAAAGCCCAAAUCCAAGUCAAAGGCCACUGGCAAUGCUCGCCCGCCACCCCCGAAACUUCCGUCUCGCGCCCCUCUCGCUCCGCAACCCUUUCCAGACCUCGAAUCGCGCUUACCACUGCAUUCUCCCGUGCAUUCGACUGGCGUCGCGGUAUCUGCCGUGAAGCGAGACCUGGAGAAUGAAAAGGAGAAUAAAAAGAAGGGGAUAACGGCUGAGGAAGGCGGAAAGGAGAAGGCACCGAAAAUGAAGCGGGUCGUUGUCAGGGGACCGAAGAGGUAGCGAGAUGAUUUGCAUGCCAUCGGGCAGAUGCCCGGACCAUUCUCAGAG